AUGGGAAGAUCUCCUUCAAGUGAUGAAUCUGGUCUCAAGAAAGGUCCUUGGACUCCUGAAGAAGAUGAGAAACUUGUCAACUAUGUCCAAAAACAUGGCCAUAGUAGCUGGAGAGCUCUUCCUAAACUUGCUGGUCUUAACAGGUGUGGGAAGAGUUGUAGGCUAAGAUGGACGAACUACUUGAGACCUGACAUCAAGAGAGGGAGAUUCUCUCCUGACGAGGAACAAACUAUCUUGAACCUUCAUGCAGUUCUUGGAAACAAGUGGUCAACGAUUGCAAACCACUUACCUGGGAGAACAGAUAACGAGAUCAAGAACUUCUGGAACACUCAUUUGAAGAAAAAGCUGAUCCAAAUGGGAAUUGACCCAAUGACUCACCAGCCAAGAACUGAUAUCUUCUCCAGCUUAUCUCAGCUCUUGUCUCUGUCUUCUAACCUAAGAGGCUUUGUUGAUAUUCAUCAACAGUUCCCAAGUGGUCAAGACCAAACUAUACUGAAACUCCAAACCGAGAUGGCCAAGCUCCAGUUGUUUCAAUACCUCCUUCAACCACCUACCAUGAAUAACAACAUUAACAACCCUAAUGACUUUGACAUUCUCAGUCUCCUUAACUCUAUUACCACCUUCAAAGACACAACCAGCAACAGUAAUCUAGACCUUGGUUCCUAUCUUCAGGACUUCAACAACUUACCAUCCCUAAAAACCUUAAACUCCAACAUGGGGCAAUCAUCUGUUUUCCCUCAAAACCCUGAGGACAAUCACUUUAAGUUCUUCAAUGAAAGAGAGAACCUACCUGUAUCUCCAAUCUGGCUCUCGGAUCCUACCAACUCAAACCAGAACAUGUUACCUUCUCUUGCUCCUUCCUCUGAGUUGAGUGAUGAUAUGAUUAGAAACCAAUACGGUCUUGAACAUGUCAAUAGCAAUCUCACCUCUUCAAGUCAAGAGUCAGGAGCUUCAGCUUCAGCUGCAUGGCCUGAUCAUCUUUUGGAUGAUUCCAUAUUUUCCGACAUUAUUCCUUAGCCUUCUUAUGUCCUUUCUGGUAUGUUUUGGAGGAACUCGAAAGUUGAAUUUACGCAUUGGGACUGUGCUUAUGUCUGUCACUUAAGGUGUUACAAUUACUUGCAUUAUCUAUAUACCUUGUAGGCAUGUAAUAUAUAUAUGUGUGUUAUGUUGUAGCAUGUACAGUAUAGUACAGGUUCCAUAACUCGUAUGUGUGUUUGUUAAUUAUCAAUGCUCUUUUAGCAUAUGUUUUUACCUUAUUGCCGAGCUUUUAUACAUAGAGAUGACUUUUGUGAAGUGGAGUCACUUCUAGUUGUAAUUAGGGUUUUCUUUUAUUAUUUGGAUAUUUUCUGUAUACUAU